AUGGCUAUCUUAAGCACCAUUGGUAUUCUGGUAGUUACUAUUCUUGUAUCAGAGGUAGCUGUCUUGGAACAAAAGUCGGAUAUAUGUACAUAUUAUGAUGCAAUCUGCAACAAUGUGACAAAAGAUCCAUUCUUUGAAGAUAAAGCAGUAAUUGGAAAGCCGUGGAGGGUUUAUUUUACUUGGAAUAUGCAAUUGGAUGAAUACUGCUUGGAAUUUACAUUCAAAUAUGCUGAUAAAUUGACGGUGAGCCGGUUAAAGAUUGAUGUAGAAAAUAUGAAAAUUAAACCACCAUUGUCCAAGGAGGUUUUACUAAUAUCAAUGAUUGCAUCUCCUGAUAUGUUACUAUUCAAUGAUCUCAGUGGCAUACCAGGGUUGUUUGUUGGCAUGAUAUACGAUACUGUAGAAAACAAGAAAAUGCCUAAGAAGCCACAUAAAAUGGCCAUGAAGUUGCUACACAAAGGUCAGUACCUCCUGAUGACUGAUUGCAGUUUCGGGACUACGUCGCUGUCUGUCCGGAAAGAUAACAGGCCUAAAAGAGCAGAAAUAGAGGCAGUAGCGGUCAAUUUUACACUUGGAGAACCUUUUCCAGCGUGUAUCAUGGAUAAAGAUUCUGAAGAAUAA